GAAUAGUACGAGUGGGGACUGGUGUAUACUAUCGUUUUAGCAUCAUUCUUGAAUAAGAAUACAGGACAUUGGGUGGAAUUCUGAUUCGUUUUCUGAGCUUGGAAGUGAAAUCUUCUUUCAUAUUUUGGAAGGAAGAGAUUCAUUUAUGUGAAAGCUAAUCUUUGUUUGUUCAAAUUCAGUUUGCAUAAUGGGCUGCAUCUGUUCCAAGGUUUUAGCGGAUGAGUGUAGCAAUCAUGAUAGCUCUAAAAAUGCCUUUUCCUCCACAAAACGCCUCUCUGAGCUGAAAAAACCAAGAGUUGGUUCUCCAAAAAUUGAGAAGAUUUGGGAAAAGGAGAGACUGGAAUGCGGAGAUGUUACUGUUAUGUUGUUCGAUAAGAAGGCCAAUGGUUCUCUGCGUUCAUAUGGCGAGCCUCCUAAUGAGAGGAAGAAGGCGGAGAUCCCUGAUGUCACCAUUUUCGACCAUCCAUGUAUGGGAAGGAUUCCGAAGGUUACCGAAGCCGAGCAGGUGGCUGCUGGGUGGCCGAGUUGGCUAGCUGUGGUUGCUGGUGAAGCUAUCAAAGGCUGGUUGCCGAAACAUGCGAGUAACUUCAUCAAGUUAGAAAAAAUUGGCCAAGGAACUUACAGCAGUGUAUAUAAAGCUCGUGAUGUCAUUCAAGAUAAACUUGUGGCCUUGAAAAGAGUCAGGUUCGACAAUCAAGAUACCGAGAGCAUCAAGUUUAUGGCAAGGGAAAUCCUUGUUUUGCGAAAGCUCGAUCAUCCAAAUAUUGUUAAGUUGGAAGGUUUGAUCACAUCACAAACAUCAUGUACCAUGUACCUUGUGUUUGAAUAUAUGGAACAUGAUCUUACAGGACUUGCAUCACGGCCUGGCACAUCGUUCACCGAACCACAGAUGAAGUGUUACAUGAGGCAACUUUUGAGUGGACUUGAUCACUGUCACAGCCAUGGGGUUCUGCAUCGAGACAUAAAGGGCUCAAAUCUUCUUAUUGACAACAAUGGCAUUUUGAAGAUAGCAGAUUUUGGGUUGGCAGUCUUUUUUGAUUCACAGUCAAAAGUUCCAAUGACGAGCCGUGUAAUCACUCUCUGGUAUCGACCACCGGAACUUUUACUUGCAGCAUCUCAAUAUGGUGCUGAAGUUGAUUUAUGGAGUGCUGGUUGCAUUUUAGGAGAGUUAUAUGGGGGCAACCCUAUCUUGCCAGGAAAAACAGAGGUUGAACAACUGCAUAAGAUAUUUAAGCUCUGUGGUUCCCCGUCAAAGGAAUGCUGGAGCAAAUUGAAUUUGAAGCAUUCAACAGGCAUGAAGCCACCGCAGUCAUAUGAAAGAUGUCUUAGGGAGAGAUUUAACGAUUUUCCCCGUGCUGCAGUCGAGCUUAUGGACACUUUGCUGUCUAUAGAUCCUGCAGGGCGAGGAACCGCAGCUUCUGCACUCAACAGUGAGUUCUUUACCACAAGGCCCUUACCCUGCGACCCUUCAAGUUUGCCAAAAUACCCUCCCAGCAAGGAGAUCGAUUCAAAAAUGCGCGAAGAUGAAGCAAGAAGGCAAGGAGGAGCAGGUGGUGGGAGAAGCCGGACAAUUGAUCCUGAAGGAAAAGGACUGAAGCAAUCUCGGGUAGUUCCUGCAGCAAAGCCUAAUGCCGAGUUGGUUAUAUCACUACUGAGAAAACGAAAUCAUUCAAGCUUAAAGUACCGGAGCGAAACUUGUUCCUACGGUCUUGUGUCGAAGAGAGCCUCAAAUUCAGGACCUAUAACUCAGGGACCAAGAUUAGCAAACUCCGAAAAGAACCUGAAAUAUACUUCCACCAUUUCAAGCGGCUGUCUAACAUCAUCUGGGCCCAUUGAAUUCGUUUCUUACAAACAUCUCCGAGAAAGAAAUGGAGUUUCAAGGGCAGAAUCAAUAAGACAAGACAGAAAUCGUCCUUUAUCCAACGCUGCAGAAGAGUACAUCAAAAAGCUGAACAGAGACCACCCUGAUUUGAAUAGAAGUCACAAUCCUUGUCAGCUGGAAGAUUCAAAAGCCUCAGCUCUGAUUGUUGGCUAAAUUCCUUCCUUCUCGACGCGGUCUCACUUGAAGGCUCUGUGUUAAUUAGAUAAGAACUAAUAAGAAUCAUUUGUUCAUCGGCAUCGGCAUCGUCAUCGUCUAUGGUCAGGAAGCAAAUCAAAUUUAUGUCUGAUGAUGGUCAUUCCUUGUUUCAUCAGGCAAUGUAGAUAGGAUGCUCAAAGAACAUGAUCAUUGGAUUCAUCUUCGCGAAAUUUUUAGGUGUUGGCUUCCUAUGAGAAAAAAGGAAAGAAGGAAACAGGAGGCCGCAACCAAUUUUGUUCAUUGAGCUAUUAUGUAAAUAACAUGUCAAUCUCGGCUGUGUAUACUUGGAAAAGAAAAGAAGCUGCCUUUUGUAUAUAAACUCAGCAGAAGAGCAAAUGGAUUUUUUUUUCAAAACCAUUUCGAAGAA